AAGUGAAACCUGCUACUAACAUGCAUCACUGCUGAUGAGCACGCGACAGGCGUGUUUAUUGCAGUUGGCUGUUUCUUACGUGUGUAAGAGAUGAAAGACAAAACGCUGAUGAGUCCCUGAACGGAUUAGCGCAUUAACGACCGAGUAACGUCAAAUCCGAUUAGCCGAGCACGCAAUCACACCACCUGACAAGCACGGAGAUCUGUGCUGGGGGAUCAGUUAAAGCUAGUGAGAUCUGCGGUCCCCAUGGUGCAGGAGUGAUCGGGAUGACUAAAACGCCCGGCAGCGCUGCUCCAUGUCUGGAUGUUGGAGAUAUGAUCCAGAGCUUACACUGGCCGACUCAGGCAGCGCGGGACACCGAGGAGCAGAGCCGUGUUGUCGCCCUGCGUGCAGCUCCUCCUGAGCUCGUCGUGACCUGCGAACCCUGUGUGGCCCAAACCGAGAAGAAGAUCGACCACCGGAACACUAGCGGACUUUCCUGUGGAUCUCAGCCGGAUGAGGAGUCCCUGUGCUCGGAUAGCGGCUUCGGCGGCUCCCCUGCCUCCUCUCUCGGGCUGAGAAAGCUCUCGGACUGCUCCUCCGCGGGCCUCUCUCCCACCUCCAGCUUCGAGGAGUAUGAGGAGGAAUUUCAUGGGAAUAAUGAAGGAAAAGACCACGUGGAGCGGAAUAAAAACAUGGUGAACUGGUCUCCUGUUGUGUUGCCUUUAAAGAAGCGCUCUCCCUGGGUCCAAGUGGUUGGACAUGCAGGUAAUUUUCAGACAGGCAGUAACGGGAAGCUGCUGAAGAAGUACUGCGCGAGCGAACAGCAGUGUCUGCAGCGGCUUAUGGACGAUGUGCUGCGGCCCUUUGUGCCUGCGUACCACGGCGUGACCCGGCGAGACGAGCAGGACUACAACCUCAUGGACGACUUGCUGUCGUACUUUGACUCGCCCUGCAUUAUGGACUGCAAAAUGGGAAGCCGGACCUACUUGGAGGAGGAGCUGAUGAAAGCGCGGAAGAAUCCUCAGCCUCGUAAAGACAUGUACGAGAAGAUGGUCGCGGUGGACCCCGAGGCUCCGACUCCGGAGGAAAACGUCCAGCAAGCGGUGCUUAAAACCAGAUACAUGCAGUGGAGAGAGACGCUGAGCUCCACGGCCACACUGGGCUUCCGCAUCGAGGGCAUCAAGAAAUCGGACAGUACCUGUAACACCAAUUUUAAAAGGACAAAGUAUAAGGAGGAGGUGAUUCAGGCGCUGGACGACUUUGUUGACGGCAAUGUCUCGCUGCUGAGACAUUACCAACAGAGAUUAAAGGAGCUGCGGGUGAUGCUCGAGAAAUCGGACUUCUUCAAAACGCACGAGGUGGUUGGAAGCUCGCUGCUGUUCGUUCAUGACCAGAGCGGCCGUGCUGGCGUGUGGAUGAUCGACUUUGGGAAGACCGUGUCGGUGCCUCCUCCUCUCACGCUGGACCACCGCAGCCCGUGGGUGGAGGGAAACCGAGAGGAUGGCUACCUCUGGGGCCUGGACAAUUUUAUUGACAUUUUGACUGCCAUGCUCUCUGUGCAGUGAGAAUGAAUGCGUUUUAUCUCUUGGAAAACAAAUGUCUGUAAAUGUAAGCGUGUAAAUAGAUUUUUAUUUAAUUUUAUUUUUAAUAUGGCGUAGUUUAUAUUUCGUGGGUUGGUCUUUCGCUAAAGGAUGGAACCUGUAAGUUCUUUUUUAGUGUUCGAUAAAAGAAUUUGUACUGCAGGUUCCAGUUUGUCCAGUGUUGUUGUUGUUGUUGUUGUUGUUGUUGUUAU